CCCCCCCCCCUGCAAGCCAGCGUUUCUCCUCGCGAUGAGUGGCCCUGUCCUUGCCCACAGCGACUCCUCCUCCCAGCCACCACGGCCGAUUGUCCUGACUGAACGCCCCUUCGAGCCUGCCGACGACUGGGCGGGCCUGACCGACCCGACAGAGCGGCGCAGACGUCAGAACCGGAUCAACCAGCGAGCUUAUCGUCGACGGAGACAGGUGGAGAAGACUGUCAAUAAUGUCGGUCCACAAAGCACAGACUACAAACCUCCCCCUCCUCCUCCUCCUCCUCCUCCUCCUCC